AUGCCGUGCCUGAAUCUGUCGACUAACGUGAGCCUUGAGGGCGUUGACACCUCCACCAUACUCUCCGAAGCCACCUCUACUGUUGCCAAGCUAAUCGGAAAACCCGAGGCUUAUGUGAUGGUUGUGUUGAAAGGAUCCAUACCCAUGGCAUUUGGAGGGACAGAACAGCCGACUGCUCAUGGAGAGCUGGCGUCUAUUGGAGGGCUUAACCCUGAUAUCAACAAGAAACUGAGUGCUGCCAUUGCUAACAUACUCGAGACUAAGUUGUCUGUUCCCAAGUCACGAUUCUUCCUUGUAUUCCAUGACACUAAGGGUUCCAACUUCGGGUGGAAUGGAUCAACCUUCUAA